AUGAGGUCCUGGGUCCUGCUGCUGCUGCUGAGCGCGCUGUCAGCGGCGCGUCUGAGGCUCGGCAGCGCUGAGGGCGAUCCUCUCCCUCCGUCGCUGGUCGACCUGGUGAGGAAUUCUCCCAUCGCCUCUGUAGACCAGCUGAAAGUGCUGCUGCUGCAGGAGGCCAAUGCAAUAGAAGAGGAAGAGGAUGAGCACGACCUCCUCACAAACCACACCCACGGCAGAUACAGCAGAAGUCUUGUGGAGGCGCAGCAGGCACAGAUGGCGGUCUGUAAAAUUCGGACGGAGGUGAUGGAGGUGACCAGGUCCAUGCUCGACCGCCGCAACGCCGACUUCAUCCUGUGGCCGCCGUGCGUGGAGGUGCAGAGAUGUUCGGGCUGCUGCAACACGAGGCACCUGCAGUGCACCCCCACCGUCACCUCCAGCAGAUUCCUGAAGGUGCUAAAGAUCCAGGUCAUCAGGAGUAAACCUCACUACACCAACGCCAUGAUAUCAGUGGAGGACCACGUCAGCUGCAGAUGCCUACCUGCCACAUCUUCCUCGUCUUCUUCGUCCUCUUCGUUCUCCUCGUCCCUUCCCGUCACUAACACCCCUGUUCAGAGCAACCCUGACCCCCCUCCGCCUCCACCACAGCAGCCUGCCCCCUCCUCCCACCUUCCCCUCCCCCUUCCACGAUCUGUCCACCCUGCUCCGCCCAAGAGUCACUCCUCCAAGGCCGACCUCCAUCGCCUCGAUGACCUGAAGCACAACCAGCAGCGCUACCAUUCCGAGGAGCGCGAGCCGGCGGCCAGGCAGUGGCAGCAGGGCAGCUACACCCAGCUGGUGCACUGGACACAGCCCAGGGUGCACCAGGGGCCUGGGCACCAGCCCAUCGCCGGGGUGCUGGGAUCCGUCAGCAGCUGGCCGUCGGAGGCGAGGGCGGAGCACAGCGUCAUGGGGAGUAUGCAGCAGCUCGGGGGCGGGAGCGGGUCUGAAGGGAGCAGGGAGGAGGGCAGCGUGGCCUCGAACACUGAGGGGCAUCAUCCGGAUCACGCCCAGAGGCAGGAGCAGGUACUGCAGCAUCAGCAGAGGCAACAGUAUCAUCAGCAAUAUCAGCACCAUCAUCAGCCACAUUAUCCAGACCCCGAGCUGAGGACACAACAUCGACUCAACGCUCCUCAGUCCGACAGCGCCUCCCCCCCCGUCAGCCCGACACUCCCACCCGCAGCAGAGCAAACCCCCACCCUCCCUCUAACCACCAAUCAGAGAGACUCAGUGACCAGCCAAAUAAUUACACCGGUCACAAAACAGACUGAGACUGAAGCAGUCAGUCAAAAAGAAGGGAGCGGAAAGGAAGAGAGUGGCUCGGCCAAUAGCGGGGACUCGGCCGGUGCUCAGCCGGCCAAUCAGGGGAGGGAGAGAGACUCUAAGCCGACCAUAGAGGACGGUCAUAUUACAGAGGAGGAGAGGAGGCUCAGACUUCUAGAGAUGGUACAGAGCGAACCGGAUAAACAGACUCAUCUUCAUCCUCAUCCUCCUCCUCCUCAGCAGAGACCAAAGACGACCACGUUUACAACAGUCGUGUCUACUGUGGCCCCCGUGUCCCCCGCUGCACGUCAGGCCCCGUUCCGUCCGGCGUCCCCUCGCCGCAGGAGGAAACACCGCAAACGCAUCAGCAAAGCCGCCCUCAGGGCCAUGAUCAUGUAGAGCUGCAGGAAAGCUGAUCCAAAGCUUUUGCCCCGACACGUUGCUCCAAGCAGAGAGAUGAAGAAUGUGGGAUUCUUGAAUGUGCCGCUGGUCGACUAAAUCUCCGGACUAAGUUACCUUUCCUGCUCCAGAGCUGCCGCAGAGCGUCCGGCUUCGUGGAUUUGAGAAGAAAUAACAAUUUGAAAAAGUGCAAUCUUAUGAACUCGAUGGACUGGAAGUUAUUUCAUCGCCCUGAACACUGGAUCUAAAACACAUCCUGUUAACGUGGAUUCGACGGAAGCUUAUCAGAUGCCCGAAGCUUAGCUGGUGGUUCCCUUGCAGUCGGCAGCCAUUGAUUGGCUCCUCUGACUUCCAGCUCGACUACUGAUUGGUGGAGCCGACGAUGACUCGGACUAAGACGUCACCGUUCGGGGGUAAAUGUGCAACAGGGGCUGAGAGUGGAGACGUGGAGAACUGGAUUUCUACACUGGGACAAUAACUGGAAACGCAGCUGAGGCCUCGACGCCAAACAUUACUGUUAUCUUACAAUGUCUAACUGUAUCUAACACUGGAGUAGCCGCACACUGAUCGUUACACUGACCUUAGAGAAGUACUCUGCUGUGUACUGUAGCUUCAUGUACUGGAAAAUAUCAAUAACCUGCUCUUUUUGUACUACUGCCGGAUCCAAAUGGAAUAACAAACAAAUGCCUGCCUAGAUAACAUGUUAUGAAUAUCCACGUUAAAGCAAGUCUUAAAGACCUGGCUGUUAGAGAUCGCUGUUAUAGCCAACACUGUAUAAAUGCUUUUAGAAAAAAAAACGAUAUCCGGGGGGGGGGGGGGGGGG